GCCAGCUUGGCAAGAGUGGCAGUCAGUGCUCUCACACUCACAGCUAUGCGCGUUGUUCGCGCUGGGUUGCUGACCGUCGCGUCGGCACUUGUGAAGUCCACUCGCAAGAUGAGCGUCCGCGGUGGCGCAAGCCGUGCGUUGCAGCGUCCAGUUUGCAGUGUGCAGUGUGUGCUGGUUGCCUAAACGAUCGCAUGAAUCGAAAUUCGACGCGUAGGACUGGUCGAUGGCGCGGAGGCUGACGGCGGUCACUGGUAGCAAACGAAUUUUUACGCAGGCGCGGCCUUCUACGACCUCGAGGACGUCGCGACGGACGGCAGCGCUGUGCAUUCCUGUGCAGCAAACGCCGUCGACGUGUUCUGACAGUCUCGUCGCAGGUCUCGUUCUCGCAGUUCGAGGGCAAAGUCUGCUUCGCGCAAAACGUCGCCUCCGCCUGAGGCCGGACGCGGUCGUCGUACAAAACGAUGGCCGCGCUCAGCGCCGAGUUCGGAGACGAUUUAGCAAUCCUGGCUUUCCCGACGGGCGAGUUCGGCGGGCAGGAACUCCCCACCGACGAGGCAAUCCGAGAUUUCGCCUACGGACGCGUGAACUUCCCGCAGCCGCCCCGCGGAGUAUUGCUGCAGAAGAAAAAUCUCGGCGACCGCGAGGCCUGGCAGGCCAUGCAGUUCGAAAGCGGCGCGUCGCCGCCGACGUGGAAUUUCGGCGGAAGCUUCCUCGUGUCCAAGGACGGUAAGGUGAGUGAUGCCUCAGGCGUCGAUCUCGCCGCGGCGAUCAAGGAGUUACUCUAGGCGAUCGACGGCCGGCGCCGAGCGAUGACGGUCCGCCGCCCCCACUCCCGGGUGGCGGGCCCGAUGAUUACUUCGGUCCUGGCUUUCGUAGCCCGUGGCGCUCCCCACGACUAAGCGUUAUGUGUGCA